AAAAAAAAAAAAAAAAAACACAGUGACAAACUAGAUAUACGCGCUAACAAAUGAGGAAAAAAUCCAGUGGGAGUAAGAGAAGGAAAAAAGGGCAAGAUGUAGGGGGCGAGUCGGACGAAAGCUUCAUCGACAGCGUGGAGGAGGAGGAGCUGGCGGAGGCAGAAGGUGAGGAAGGUGAAGAAGACGCGGUAGACGCGGAGGAGGAAGAAGAGGGGGACGAGGAUGACGUGGAAGACGAAGAAGACGGUGAGGAGGGGGACGAGGAUGACGCAGAAGAAGUGGAAGACGUGGAAGACGUGGAAGACGGGGAAGACGGCGAAGGAGACGAAGAAGAUGAAGAUAACGAAGAGGACGAAGAGGAUGAGGAGGACGAGGACUACGAACUGAAAAAUUACGGCAUAGCACUUGAAAUGCCUAAGCGAAAGAACAGAGGAAAAAACCUGAAAAAGCUAAUCGGGGAAGACUUAGAAAAAGACGAAAAGUUCUGGAAUGAUAGCAUCUGGGAGGAAGAAGAAGUAGACGAGGAGUACGUCAAUUCGGAAGGGGAAGAAGAAUACAUAGAUGUAACUGAUUCCGAUUUUGACGAUGAUGAGGAUGAGGUGGACGAUGAUGACGAGGAAGAAGCGGAGAGAAAUGAAAGGGAACUAGAUGAUGAAGAGGUAAAAUGGAAGAAGAAAAAAAUGUUUUCCUAUUUGGAAAAAUUAAAAAAACAAACGCAUAAUCAUGCAUUAAGGCAUAAGCUAAUGAAGAAGGCGAAGUAUUACGGGAGCAAAGUGCUUGGUGGGAAAUAUGGGGCUCCUCUCCACGGCGUGGAACACAAAUCGGGGAGGAGAAAAAAGGGAGUGGCAGACGAAGGAGCGGCAGAUGAAGAAGUGGCAGGGGCGCUAAAAGUCGAAGGGAUGGUGAAGAAGCAAAAAAAAGUUGACAGCUCCUGUAUGGUGUUGCAUAGAUCCACUAGAGAUACAACACGACAGAAGACGGAGCAAAUACAAAAGCUCUCCGAAUUGAGAAGAAUCAAAAAGGAAAAUCGUUUUAAAAAAAUUUAUGAAAAUAAAAAAAAACAAAAAAGUAUGCAAAGGGAAAUGACAAGAGAGGAAAGAUUAGAAGAAGCAAAAAUAACCGAGCAGUACAAUUUGCAAUCCCUUUUACAGUUACAAGCCUGGGAAGAAGAAAAAAAAAAAUAUAUUGAAAAUAAGAGAAUUAUUUACCAUAGACCGGAAAAUGUUUUUAUUAGUUAUUCCUACUCGAAGGAUAAAACAUUUCCAUCCAGCGAAAAUUUGAAAUAUGAACUCGAUUCAUAUUAUGUGCAAGAUCCAGCACAAAUGGGAAAUGCCACUCUGAGUGGAGGUCUCCCAUACCCCCCCGAUAGUAGCAUAAACAUAGCGCAAAAUUGCGUAAACAGCUACAGUGGCGUUGUAGAAAGUAAUAGGGAUGUGGACCAAGCUGAUUCAGCAUUCCAAGUAAGAGGCGCAAUUGUUAAGGAGGAAGGUAGCGCACCCAAUGGGGAAGAACUGCCUGAUGAUGUGAGCGAGGGGAGCAUAAAAAGAAAAAAAAGUGAAAACGAUCAGGUGUCCAAAGAAAGCGAGGAGGAAGAUGGUAAUGCGGAUAGCAAAACAGAAAUGGAGAAAUCAAAACCGAUGCAGCCGAUCGAGUUGCACAAUUUGGAAAAUCUGGACAAUCUGGAUCAGUGCGAAGAUUUACACAUAGAAUAUUUAAACGAAAAUGAUGAAAUAAAUUUUGGGAUGCACACAAAGGAUAAUAGCAAAAAGGAAUGUGAUAACAUUACAAAGGUACCGAAAAAGAGAAAAAAAAUUAAAACGGACAGGGAGGAAAGACAAAUAUAUAUUGUCACCGAUUCGAACGAGUUAAAUAUGUACAGCAAUUAUAACAAUUGUAAGGAAUAUCUGGAAGGAGUGAGAAAUAAAAAUAACUUAUGCGCAAUCACCAAUUUGGAGGGCAAAUAUUUUGACCCCCUAACCAAAAAAUAUUAUAAUAAUGCAGAAGCGUUCAAAUUGCUACGAUUUUAUCAUCAUCAAAAAACGUAUGACGAUGUCAAUGAGCAGAUAUCCAUGAUGGUUGAGCUUUUUACGAACAAGUUAACAGAAAUAGAGGAAAAUACAAAAAAUGGCGUGUUUGAUAAUGUUUAGGGGGGGGAAGGAAACGCGUACAUAUGUUUGCUUAGUGCCUACCAGCUGUUCAACCCCAUCUUGCGAUGUGCGCAGCUGUCCUCUGCAGGGCGUUCUUCCAACAGUUCGCGCAAAUCACCUGGUGUAGGUGCCCUCCACCCAAAAAAAAAGACGCCUCGUAGUGUAAAUAUGUGGUAGAGUGCGUCUCACCUUCGUUUUUGUGAUAAUCGAUUCGCCUUCGCGGUUUUAUUUUGCUACGUUAUUUUGCUGCUACAAUUUGCCGUUUUUCUUGCCCCUUUUCUUGCCCAAUUUUUUGCCCCAUUUCUGUUGGCUUUUUUUUUUCUUUUCCACACUGAUCAGUGAAAGGGCAAGCCCCUCCCACAUGCCCGUGGCGCAUUGCCAGCCACACGAGUCCCUCGUUUGCCUCAAAAUGAUGUGCACACAUAUGUACACACAUAGCAUGCAUUUCCCCCGCCCCUCCGGUAGCUUCCUCCUAUCAGCUUUAAUUAAUUAAUUUUGUUUUCUUUUUUUUUUUUUAGUAAAAUUCCUUGCCGUGCCCAACAACACACAGCAACGACAAGCGAAAACUUCAACAAAAGCUGCGCACGU